GGUUCAUCGAGGAAUUCCUCUUUUACCUCUGUGAAGCAGGUAUGUACUGUUGUUUACAUAUUUGAUCAGGUUAUAUUUUCCUAGCGACAGAGGAAGCCUGUUUAAAUAGGAAACUGAAUUAUGCACCAUUUACAUGCAUUUGAACACAGUUUCCGAGAAGACACUUUCUGUUAAAGAAGUACGUUAAAUUAAGGAAAAAAUGGCCCUCAGCAUUUUCAUGGAGUACUUUUGAUAAAUGUUUUCUUACUACUCACUACACAGAAGCUGUAAAGAAUAGCUCUUGUGUUUCCAUCCAGGUCAAAUGAAAUAUUUCUGAUUGGAAGUAAUUUCUGUCCUUAAAAUAUUCAAGAUGGAAAAUACUCAAUUUUGUUUUUUGAUAAUUUAUGGUUUACUGUUUUUACCGCUUGAAGUUUUAUUGCAGCAGAGGAGUUUCCCCAAGCAAAGUACUUCAGAUAGACAAAAGAAAGAAUUCAGUAUGGAGCCUUAUAGGGAAAAUGAUGAUUUCUCAGUGGCUACCAACAUAAAUAUACCUCUUGCUAUAGAUUCUAAUUCUGAGAACGGGUCUGCCACAGAGGAAAUCAGAACUGAAGUGGAUCACAAUUCUCCAAAGCACUUUGAGCCUGAUUCUAAUCCUUUAAAGCCAAACAAGUCUCACAAUGCAAGUAACAGAGAGAAGCAAGUACUAGCUGUCUGUGUACCUCGAUUUGUUCAAAAUAGUAGAAUUGUGAUCAUCUUUAUUGAUGCAUGCCAGGCAGUUUUAAAGAUCUGGGGGUCGUACAGUAAUUUGCAGCACUUGUUGAGAAAGCAUGGAAUCAACACACAUAGAUUCAGCCAAUCAGAAUUGAGUAAAUUAAAGAGCAUGGGGGCAGUGGACAUGCAGGUGAAACUAUGCUCAUUUAUCAGUGACAAAGAUUUUCAUCAAAUACUUAUGAAGUAUGAUGAAAUUUGCAACACAGAUAAAGCCAAGUUUAUACACUUUUUGACUCCAGUUGAAAUCAGUGAUAAUCAUUCAGGCUCUGCAAAUGUUCAAGGUGUGCAGAGCAAGACUGGAAACGAUAAAAAUUCCAACAUCACUUUGCCAUCACAAAAUGCCAUUUCCUCAUUGCAUAGGAUUCAUGUAUAUAUGAUCGAAAACCAGGAAGUUAUAACCUUAUCUGAAUUAAAUUCCUUGUUUGUGCAUUUUGAGAGGCCAGACCUUUCACUCCAAGUUCUAUCAACCUUAGAAAUAACUGUCAGUAUGUUUAUGUCCAAUAAGCUGGAGAGAGUAGGAAUUCCCACUGCCAUUACUGAUGGUGACUGUACAAGAUUGUUUAUUAAUAAGAAGGAUUUUGAUAGAAUUCUGCAAUACACUACAGCUUUCCUUAACCAAAAUCCACCAAAAAUUGUAUGGAUACAUUUAAAUGAAUCACAUUUAUUUAGCAAGGGACAAAGAUCAAACAGUGUUGCAGGGUAUGACAAGCCUGAGGCUGUUGAUUCAUUGAAUAAAUCUGGUGAUUGUAUUGAGAAUUUCAACUUGAAUGCCUGUCAAAGUGAAAUCAGUGCUAAAGCUUACAGAGCUAGCUUGCAAAGUGGCCUGGGUAAGAAAGAUGAAAUGGAUGAUUUGUCAGACAUGCUGCAUGUUGUGCCACAAAGUGGAAGUCCCCCAAUGUCACAAGGAGGUGGCACAAAUAGAUGCAGAUAUGUAAUUCGUACCUGUUGUGUUAAUGAUGAGGUUGUUGUUUGCAUUCCUGAUCUUCAAAAGGCUGUUAUUGACAUCUUUAAACAGUGUGCGCAAGUGGGAAAUUAUAUGCACCGCCUUAACAUUCCAACAAAAAGGUUUGAACGAGUUUUCUUGCAGCGGCUAAAAUCACACAAUAUUCUGAGUUCGAGAGCAAAACUGUGCACCUACAUCACCAAGACUGAUGCUGAAAGGUUAUUGCAAAUGUACCAUGUAAGUCAUUGUGACAAUGGAGACAAAAUUCUACAAAACAUUGAAUGGAGUGAGCCAAUCAAUUUAGAAGAUGCAGUCAACAAUGUCUGCGGAGACAGUCAAAGGCAUCUGGUUGAACAUGGUGGCCAAGAAACUUUGAAAAUUCCUUUGUUCAUUGUAAAUGAUCAGAUUGUUGUGUCAAUGCCUGAUGUUCACAAAGUUGUGCAGCUUUUGAGCGGCCAAAGUGUCCAGUUGCAGUACAAUCUUCAGAAGUUAGGAAUUGUCAAGUAUAAGUAUCCUUACAAUGACAUUUGUCAACUGAAAGUUCUGACCCAGAUGAAAAGGCCAAGUUUGUGCUCAUACAUCACUAAGUCAGAUGUUGAUAAGGUGUUGAAGUUUUACAUCACACCAGAAAAUGAAACCAGGUUGCAACUGAUUGAGUGGCAGACUCCAAUAGAAGUGGAAAGUGUGGCCUGCAGCUCAGUAUCUAGUGGAAUUUCAAGUGUAGAUGCUGAGUCCAUCAGCACAGAGAACAAUGAUGUAAAUCCUGCAGAUGGUGAGACAUGUGACAUGUAUUCCUUUCCAGAUCUUUUCAAAGCCUUUGUCAGUGAUGACUCAGAAUCUGUGGAUAGCUUUAAUGAUGAUGAUGAUGAUGAUGAUGAUGACUUGCCAGAGACAUUGUUCCACCCCUCAUUGCCAUCACCAUCCUCAAGGGCUGGCGCCACCAACCCUUUACAGUCUACUCAAAUCACUUUCUACACAAGUGAUAAGGUGAAUUCUCCUGGUGAUCAGUUACAUCCAAUUAAACCAUUGUUCUCAAACAAUCAGUUGCCACCAUUACAUCUUCCUGGCAGACAUGAUAGAGAUGUCAACCAAGUAGGACUGGAUGUCAAUCAAAGAAGUCAGGUCAAUGUUGUGGAUAUGACAAGAUGUUGGAGCUGUGACACUCCAUCUUGUACCAAGAUGCAUCCAAGCAACAUCUUAGGAAAUAGUACUGUCACAACGUGUAAAAGUAUUCAUUCAAAAAUUUCAAGUGAUAAUGGAGCAAGCCAGACUCUUCCAGGUACUUCAGUAAAGUUUACAAACUGUGGUAAGCCCUCUGGAUAAAUUAUUAGACAGUGUAACUGUAUGUGAUUGCUCAGUUGUCUGCUUGUCUAUCUUUUUGCUUUCAUAUUAUUCCUUUGUUUGUCUGUCUCACUUUCUGCUCAUUUAGCAAUGGAAUGGUUGGUUGUUUUCCAGGGGUGAGUUAGCCUCCAUCUUCUUGUAAGCCUCUCAGCUUAGUUAGGAUUUGAUUGGUUGCUUGCUUGCCAAGAGUUUGUGUGUUUGUGUCUUUCUGUUAGUCUGAAUAAAGGGGGUAAGUUUCUAAACAAACUGUGGUGCUACCUUGCUAGGGAGUAUUACAAGAGAAUUUGGUUUUAUCAACUGAAUUGAUAACGUAAGUUGGCCACUAUAAAGAGGAACUCUUUCCAAUGGCCAAUCUAUGUUAUCAACUCAGAGUCAGUAAAACCAAUUUUCUGUCAUUCAGUCUCAUCUGUUCUUUAGCUAUGAAGGCCUACUUCUUUCCUUUUUUGCUGUGUACCUGCCUUUUGGUGUGACUCUGUUAAUCUGUUGGUCUGUUUCUCUCUGACUGCCUGCUUGUCAACCCUUCAGCUCACUUUGUAAUCAGUUGCUUGGCUGUUGUGUUGGUCUUUGUGUGUCUGUGGAGACGUGCUUUCCUGGUUUUUUUCCAUCCCUGUUUACUUAGUGUGUUAGUGUGGUAAAGGAAAGCAUUGUAAAUAUUAAUGUUAAAAUUUUUUUUUCAGACUGUAGCCAUCAUAGCUGCAAAAGAACCAGGGAGGUUUUAGUCAGUGAUGGUGCAUGGAUGGAACAGUUGGCUAAAAAACACAGGGGUAAUUUGAAACCUGUACGGCUGUCUUAAGUUGUAAUAUCUUAAUUUUAUAACAGUUCAGGCAGAUACAUUGUACUUGAUCAAUGCUUAAAAACAUUCUUCUUGAUUUUGCAGCAGACCACAAUGACCUUCUGAAAACCUUGCAGCGCAAAGAAACAGAACUGAACAUUUUAUAUGGUAAAUGAUAUAAGAAUUCCUUACCCAGAAAACGUUGCAAGCAAAAGGAAAUUGAUCAGCCCUUGAAUAGACCCAAAAUUGUUCUCUAAUAAAGGAGGCUAGAUUAAGGGAAGGAAGGGAAAAAUCGAAAAAUUUUUACUGAUCAAUGACAGACUUUUCUUUAAAGAAUAUUUCAGGCUGUAGAAGACUAAAAAUUGAUCUUCUUUGAUUUAGUUUGUUGAAGUAAAUAAUGUUGUUAUAAUUCUGCUUUUCUUAAGACGCAUAUCAGGAACAAAUAAAGCGGGAGAGGAAGCAAAGGCUGGCAGUGCAGCGAGAAUUGGAUCAAGUGAAGAGUACGUACUCGAUAUUGAUCAUAUUAAACUGAGAAAGAAAUCUGCGUUCCUUUCCUUGCGCGUCUCGCACUCGCUUCACGUAUUUCUUAGGCUUGUUACUUAGUUCGAUUUUUACGAUGUUAAAUUGACAGCUUUUUUGUUUGGUCUGGGCAGAUUCCAAUGCGGAACUGCUACAAAACAUCGAAAGAAGGGAAGUAGAAAUGAAGAUUUUGCACGGUAAGCUGGUGUCUUCUCCAGGCUCUUUUCUUUACAACAAUCUAGAAUAA